AUGAUGCGUCUGUCUGUUCCUGGAGACAACCUCAAGAUCCGAGUACCACGGCCCAGAAUCAUCAACUGCGUCUUUUUUUUCCUCCUCUUUGGACCCUUCCUGCUCGACCUCCCAAGUGUGAUCAGCUCAGGAACAUUUCUCAGUCGCAGCGAGUAUACCAGCACCAACAUCGCCAUCGCUGUCCACUUUAUCACCCUCGGCGGCGUCAUCCUCAUUGCCACCGCCAUCUUCUUUUUCACCCUCAACCAGUUAACCAACGCCAUUGCAGAAUAUACGGUCCCCUCGGAGUUGACCCUGGUCCAUGUCGAUGUCACCCAAGCAGGUCCUGAUGGCACAGGAGGACAGACAUUCACGCUGAGCCCUCUCCCAGAGAGCGAGAAGGAGGAUGGGGAUGUUUGGGAUACCAGUCUCAGCAAAGUUCGCCAUAGGCUCAUAAGCAUCCGCAAUGCUGGCACGGUGAUGCUGCUGUUCUACGUCUUCAUCUAUGUCAUCUACGGAGUCACACGGCCAUUGAUCCACCAGAACAUUGUCUGGAACGUCUUCUUCUGCAUCGUCUUCAACCUGGAUCCCGGCACCCCAACCAUAUUCGCCUACUUUAUCUUCUCGAUCAUCCAUCACGUCAACAGCGGACCCCCCGCCUUGCGCCAAGUGUACAGUAUCCCCAGGCCCCCUAUCAUCCACAUACCCUCCUCACGACCAUCAAGGCGUCUCAGUGAUUCGUUCCUCUUUGAUCUCCAUCGCUCACCUUCAGAUGGCUCCCGUGUCGAUCCCUCGCUCUGGUCGUCCUCCAAGGAUGCCAAGAGUCAUCCCUACGAUCUGUUCCACCUUGAUUUGGAGCAGAUGUUGGCAGAGAGUCAGAACCCCAGUCCCGUCACGGUGCCUUCAUCUGCUGUAUUGAAGUCUCACCAGUCAAGACCUCUCACUUUUGCCUAG